AUGUUGGGUGUUGAAUUAUUUGAUGCGAUGAGGGCGAGAGUGUUUGGUCAGCGUGUGCACAAGGAAUUAGAGUUGGGGCAGGGAGAUGGGAGCGGCAGUGGUGGUGGUUCUGGUGCUGCUAGCCCGGUGAAGUUUUUGAUGCUCGGAUUUUGGAGUCAGUGUUUGUUACACCGAACCUACACCUCUCCACCCACCAUUAAACGACCAGACGUUGUUCAACACACCCAAGAUCUGCUCGACAAAUCCCUCGCAUUCUACCUCCCCAAAUCCGAAUCCCCAGAUUCCGACUCCAUCAGGGACUUUGCCAAAUCCAAACAUCCAUCCGAGGACCUCGACGACAUCCUUUCCCCUCUAAUCAUCCUAGCCACACAUCUCUGUAUAGGCGACGUAUCCGCCCGCAACAGGAUUUGUAAUUGGAUUGUUCUUGAGGAUAUGGAGCGUGAUCCUGAGAAGCCUUUGGAUGAACGACCGAAUAUUUUGGGAAGGUAUAUCAGGUUGAUGGGGAGUGUGUAUCAUAAGAGGUUGAAUGAGUCCACGGGGGAGUUGCUCUAUGCUAUGUGUAGACAAGAUGCAGGGGUUUUGUGUUCAAAAGUUGGGUACGGGCAUGUUGCUGGGUGA